AGGAGCUGGGGUCUGGUCAGAGGCGCCAGGCUCCUGCCCGCCCCGUGUCCAGCCCUGUAGCCUUGCUAUGGCGCCACUGGCUGGGAUGUGAUGGUGCCUGUGUCUUAACACCUCAGCCUCUGGGCAUGGAGCAGCCUGGGGAGUGAGCUGGCCCUGUGCGAGGCUCCAUAUGUUGGUGAAUAGAGCAGAUGUGGUGGUGGGCUGGAGCAUGGGUGCUGUGGCUAGGGGUGCUGGUGGUGAGCCCCCUGGUGCCACGUCCCUGGGAUGCUGAGAUGGGCUGCUGGCCAGGGUUGGAUGGAGGGUAUUGCCCAAGGGAGCUCAAGCACAGGAUUUGCUACUCCUGGCUGACUCCCUGGAGACAGAGCCCAUUAGAUCACAGAAAUCUGCCAGGGCUGGGGAUACAGCUCAGCGGCACAGGUGCCUGCUGACAAGUGUAAGGUCCUGAGUUCAAUUCCUGCUACAAAAAAGAAAUCCGUCAAGACCUGGCCUGACAACCAUGGAAACUGAGGCAGCCAGGGAGAGGUGCCAGAAGUGAAUUUGGAGUGGGGGUUAGCACCAUGAAGGGAAGUGAGCUUCUCAGAAACACCAGCACCCUGAGAGCCUGUGGCCUGUAGCAGCUUGGGGGCAGGGAGAAACAGGGAUGCUGACCAGGCCACAUAUGCUGGGUUCCCGCACACCGGACUGUGGCCAAUUCCCAGCUGGAAGCCUCAGCAUCGCUGGCACCAGAGAGCCCCUAGGGGAGUUGCCCAGGGUCAUAGUUCUCGAGGGUGCCAGCCGCAGAGGUGCUGGCUUGGGUGAGCACCUCCCUGUGGGGCCUUGCGUGGGUCACCGUUAGGGGAUGAGCCUUCCUGCCCUUUGGGGAGACGAUGACUUGCACUGCUCAGGACACCGCAGCCUGUGGUACAGUAGAUUCCAGGGGCUCCCCGACUUCGGAGGGGCAGAAGUCAGCUCACCAUCCUGGAGCCCAGAACUGCCUGCUGCCCAGCAGGGGGAGAGGGCCACAUCUCAGAGCGGGACAGACACAUGCACAGUGGCUGGGAGCUGGGUCUGCCCGGCCGGCUUCUCUGAGCCGAAUGGUCUUCAUGAUCUAGGGACAGUGCGGUGCCCGGCAGCGGAGGGUGUUUCUCCAUUGGUUGAGCACGGUCACAGCUUGGCGUUCAUUAGGUCUUGGGAUCACAGGAGCAUGAAACCUGGGGGUCCUGGGCCUGGGGCCCACUGCUGGGGUAACUUUCUGUGACUGUAGCAGGGCCGUGCACUGGGAUAUUUCUCCAGGCCCUCAGCUGUAUGUAGCAAGGAGCUCUGGGAGGCUGUAUGCCAGACAGGGUCUCACUCCUUACUUCAGGCUGGCUUUGAACUCACAGGGAUCCUCCUGCUUCAGCCUCCCAAGUGCUGGGAUGACAGGUGUGCAGCACCACACCUGGCUGAAAUUUGGAUUUAAGUAGCCACAUGGGACUUGUCCUACUGGAUGUGGCCAGUUAGAGGCUGGACUAGUACUGGCCCAGCCCUUCUGGCUCUUAGCACUGGAUGUGGACAGUGAUGCUGUGGUCACUGGCUGCCACGGACACUGCAGGGGAGAUGAGGGGCCUCUAGUGGCAUGGAGCCCCUCUCCCUCCCCUGCCCCGCCUGCACCACUGGGUGGUGGUGGAAGAUGUGGUGUUUAAGUGAGUGGAGGCCCCUGGAGUGCAGGGCUGGCUGCAGUGCCUACAGCUGACUGGCAGGUCCUGGCAGGGAGGACCUGGCAGCGUUUUCCCUGGGGAACCCCUUCCCUGCUACCAAGGCCUGGGGUCACCAGCAUGGGCACUGCAUCCAGACCUGCAGCCCCCCAGGCCUACGCCUGACCCUCAGCCAGGGGUGGGUGAGCCACAGGCCUGCGGGGACAGGGAGGAGCGGCUGUCCCACGCCUGGAAACCCGACUUGGCACCCAUAGCUGGCCAUGUCCCCCAAACUGGCCCACAACCCAGUAGUCCGCGUGGCAGCAGAUUUCACAGAGCCCGGUCUAGAGGACGGCUGGGCCUAAGGGUCCUUGACCUUUUCAGUUCUACUUUUGUACAACUCUGGCCAGAUACCAGCUUGUGGGGACCCAGGGGAGAGAGGAGGCACCGAGGAGCAUCACAGCUGCCACCAGAAUGACUUCUGGAUGCCCAAGUGGCCUUUGUCACAUGGAGAGCCUCUCGGGAGGGUUUGGUAGUGCAAAGGGCACAGGGCGCUUCUGUGCCCGCCGACCUGGCCAUAGUCUGGAGGCCUCAAAUUCGGGGCCAAGGGUUCGUCCCUUGGCAGGUGACCAGCCUGGACACUGCCAUUGGGGUCCCGUGCUUGUGGUGUGGACAGGCCUGGCAGAGGCUGGGCGGUAUGGCCCAGAGGCCCAGUCUUGCCUCCCCAGCGCCCAGCUCACCCUCCUUCUGCAGGGUUUGGUGACCCAGGGGACCCCAUCUCCUUCACUCCGGAGCAUGGUGGCCGUGGGGGGGGGGAUUCCUUGCCCUGUGGCAUCCUGGUAAAGACCCUCCCCUCGGCUGCAUCCCUGCCAGCCUCUGCUGUGAUGGGUGGGGAUAGGGCAGCCUGCAGCCUGCGACCCCCACCUGGCAGCCUGUGCCCUGACCUGCCCCUUUCUCUCACCAAGGCUUUUAGGCCUGCAGUGGGUAUGACAGGCCAUUGUGGGUAGAGGACACAUGUACCUUCCCCUCUGUAACCCUGUGAAUCUGUCACAUCUGCUCUCCAGACUCCUGAGGAAACAGAGCCCCCACACGGGGUCCCACAUGUCUCUUUGGUAAGAAUUAUUACUUUCUGCUCAGUUUUUGUUUGUUUGUUUUGAGACAAGGUCUCUCUGUGUAGCCCAGGCUGGCCUUGAACUCAGGGUGUCCUCCUGCCUCAGCCUCCACCACUCCCAGCUCUGCUCAAUUUUUUUUUUUUUUGUACCAGAAAUUGAACUCAUGACCUUGUGCUUCCCAGGCAGGUGCUGCUGAGCUAAAUGCCCGGCCCUGCUCAGUUCUGUUUGAGACAGAUUUAUCAAAAUGUUUGUGAAAUAUACAUGCAAAAAUACUAGCAAUCUUUCCCUUCAGAAUUAGCUGGUGGUCGUGGGCCUUCUGAGGGAAUGGGUGUUCUGUGAAAGUGAUGAUAAGAAGUCUUCCAAGAAUUUCCCUUGAGCUGUUUCUGUUCGACUUUUUAAGUGUCUUCAGUACCCCUGGGAAUGUGCAGGAACUGGGCCAAAAAGAUCAGCAAUGGAGGAGAGGCUGGGCUGGGACCAGGCCAAGGAAUGCCUCUGGCUCAGGCAGCAGAAGGGGCUGGAAGUGGGUGCCUCCCAGUGACAGAAGAGGAUGUCUGGCCACUGGGAAAGUGGGAUGGGAACAGCAGGCUGGAGACCCAGGGUGUGUAGGGGUACCCAGCUGCUCCUGGGGGUAGAGGCUCCCAGACCGGCUGCACCCUUUCCCCCAGCUCCAACCCUGACCCAGAAGGCAGAGUCUGACUUGGGCUGAGGACCAGGCCACGUAGGGUCUGCGGAAACUGGCAGUGGCCCAGACCCGCCUCCGCCCCACCCCACUUCCUUCCAGCCUGCAGCAGCCGCCUGCAGGCUGAGGGCCUCAGCCCAAAUCCCAGCACCACCCCAAGCAGCCCAGUUCUAUCAGUACAGCUGAGAACAUAGUGCCAGGCUGGGGGAGCCCAGCUGUCCUCGAGGGACCAUGAACCAGAAGACCACCCUGGUGCUGCUGGCACUGGCCGUCAUCACCAUCUUCGUUUUGGUUUGUGUCCUGCUGGCCGGCAGGAGUGGAGAUGGGGGCCAACCCAGCAAGCCACCCUCAUGCCCGUUGGCCCCACACCCUGCCCAAGCCCACACUCACCCUGACCCUGGCCAGCUUUUUGCAGACCUGAGCCCAGAGGAGCUGGAGGCCGUGAUGGGCUUCCUGACCCCAAGGCUGGGCCCAGGCCUAGUGGAUGCAGCCCAGGCGCAGCCCUCGGACACCUGCAUCUACUCAGUGGAGCUGCAGCUGCCCCCCAAGGCCGCAGCCUUGGCCUACCUGGAGGGACGGAGUCCUCCUCCCACCCGCGAGGCGCUGGCCAUCGUGUUCUUCGGGGCUCAAACCCAGCCCAACGUGAGCGAGCUGCUGGUAGGGCCGCUGCCCCGGCCGUCCUACCUGCGGGAUGUCACCGUGCAGCGCUAUGGCGGCCCCCUGCCCUACCACCGGCGCCCUGUGCUGACCAGAGAGUACCAGGACAUCGACCACAUGAUCUUCAAGCAAGAGCUGCCCAAGGUCGCAGGGCUUCUCCACUACUGCUGCUCCUAUACACCCCAGGGAGGCCGCCUGGUGACAGUGACCACGGCGCCCCGUGGCCUGCAGUCAGGAGACCGGGCCACCUGGUUUGGUCUCUACUACAACAUCUCAGGCACUGGCAUCUUCCUGCACCCCGUGGGGCUGGAGCUUCUGGUAGACCAUGGGGCUCUGGACCCAGCCCGCUGGACUGUCCAGAAGGUAUUCUUCCAGGGCCACUACUACGACAGCCUGGCCCAGCUGGAGGACAAAUUUGUGGCUGGCCAGGUGAAGCCGGUGCAGGUCCCUGACAAAGGCACAGGUGGGGCCUGGUCCCUGAAGUCGCCGGUGCCCCCGGGCCCGGCUCCCCCUCUGCAGUUCCACCCUGAGGGCCCCCGCUUCAGCGUUCAGGGCAGUUGUGUGACUUCCUCUCUGUGGACUUUCUCCCUUGGCCUAGGAACCUUCAGUGGCCCGAGGGUCUUUGACAUUCGCUUCCAGGGUGAGAGGAUAGCCUAUGAAGUCAGUGUCCAGGAAGCCCUGGCUGUCUAUGGGGGAAAUUCCCCAGGAGCAGUGCUGACCCACUACUUGGACGGCAGCUUUGGCAUUGGCAGAUUCUCCACACCCCUGACCCGCGGAGUGGACUGCCCCUACUUGGCUACCUACAUGGACUGGCACUUCCUGGUGGAGUCGCAGGGUCCAAGGACUGUCCGUGAUGCCCUUUGUGUGUUUGAACAGAACCAGGGCCUGCCCCUGCGGCGACAUCACUCUGAUCUGUACUCCCAUUAUUAUGGGGGUGUCGUGGACACGGUUCUGGUGUUCCGGUCCCUGGCCACCUUGCUCAACUAUGACUAUGUGUGGGACAUGAUCUUCCACCCCAAUGGGGCCAUCGAGGUCAAGGUCCACGCCACGGGCUACAUCAGCUCCUCCUUCCUCUUUGGGGAUGCCCGGUUGUAUGGGAACCGAGUUGGGGAGCACACGUUGGGCACGGUCCACACCCACAGCGUCCACUUCAAGGUGGACCUGGACGUGACAGGACCUGAGAACUGGGCCUGGGCCGAGGACCUGGCCUUUGUCCCUGAGACCCUGCCCUGGCGCCCUGAGCAGCAGAUCCAGAGACUGCAGGUGACCCGAAAGCUGCUGGAGACGGAGGAGCAGGCCGCCUUCCCUCUGGGCAGGGCCACCCCGCGCUACCUUUACCUGACCAGCAACCACAGCAACAAGUGGGGGCACUUGCGGGGCUACCGGGUGCAGCCUCUGGGUUCCCCAGGGAAGCUGCUGCCCGAGAACAGCUCCAUGGCAGGCGCCUUCAGCUGGGGGCGGUACCAGUUCGCUGUGACCCGGCGGAAGGAGGCGGAGCCCAAGAGCUCCAGCAUCUUUAAUCAGAAUGACCCCUGGACGCCCACUGUGAAUUUCGCUGAUUUCAUCAACAAGGAAACCAUCCAGGGGGAGGAUCUGGUGGCCUGGGUGACGGCUGGAUUUCUGCACAUCCCACACUCAGAGGACGUCCCCAACACGGUGACAGUGGGCAAUGGCGUGGGCUUCUUCUUGCGGCCUUAUAACUUCUUUGAUGAGGACCCUUCCUUCCGCUCCACAGACUCCGUGUACUUCCAAGGGGAGCAGGAUGCCAGCGUCUGUGAGCUGAACCCCCAGGCCUGCCUGCCCCAGGUCGCUGCCUGCAGCCCCUACGUCCCCCCCUACUCUCACGGGGGCUUCUUGCACCACUAGUGGCGGGUGAGGGAUGGGCCAACCUGGCUCCCCGAGUCCUUCCUCAGCCCUGCUGGCCCCUGCACAACCCUCCUCCCACUGUCUCUGCGCUUGUCUCCCUCUGGGGGCUUUUGAACUUCGGGUGCCUGUAUGAGGGGCACAGGUCCCGCCAGGGAAGAAGGGGUUGCCCGGCCAGAGCACAGAAGUGGUCAAGCUGCUCCCAGAUGAGUCCCUUUCUUAUGCUUUAUGGCUUUCCCAAAGCAUUACAGGCUGCCCCGAGGGCUGCACAGUGGGGUGACCCCUCUCCCCCUCCCCCACGGUAGCCCCAGGGCAGACUCCUGGUCCUGCACACCCUCAGGUGGCCGCAUGGACCCUGUGCCCUCACCCCCUCCUCCACUCCUUGCCCUGGAUGAGCUCCCUCCCUCCCGGCCCUGAGGGGGUCCAGCCCUCAGUUCACAACCCCAACCUCUUCCGUCCUGAGCCUGUAGAAGUCCCAAAGAUGCCAGGACUGCCUCCUGGACAAGGGUGACCCACAGUGGACUCUCAUGCCUAGACCUUGUCCUGCUGGGGCCACAAGCCCUCUAGCCCUCAAGAAGGGAGCUUACAGUGAGAGGGCAGCUCAGAGUAGCAUAGCAGGUGAUGAGUGACACUGGUCAUUUAGUGCCAGGCCUGCAGGUGACCAGAGUGGAACCAGUGGGGAGUGGGAGCUGGUCAGGAACUGUGGUGGGUACCUGGGGCCAGAAGCAGAAAGUUCUGGAGACUACGCCCCCUGGGCAGGGCUGACCAGUCACCUUCAGGCAUGCUGAUGAGCCAGGGCUUCGGGUGGGUGGGGCCUGGCUGUGUGCCAGGGAGGGGACUGAAGAGGCUACGCCCCCUGCAUGCUGAGAUGCCACCAUGCCACUGAAGGCUUCUUCUCUGCCACUCUGUACCUGGGCGUCAUCUGCCAGUGUGAGGGAGACAUGCAGGGUGUGGGAGCAUGUACCCUGCGCACGUUAAGUUUAAGAGGAGCCUGCAUACCCCGCCUCUGUAGUUAGGCUGAGCCCUCUGCAUGCCCCGCCUGCCUUGCCGAGUGGAAUAAAUCAUGUCUGGGCCCAAA